GGAGAAAAUAAUAAUAUAAAAAACCGCGAUAAAAUCCGUUUAAAUAGUUUUUAGUUUUUAUUUCAAUGUCUAACAUUCGCGUAAACAUAAGAAAUCAUUAAAGAUAAAUAUUUUUUUGUGACGGAUGCCAUUUUAAGAACAAAAUAUUAUAAUUAUUUCCCGAAUAAACUUCUUCUCAACUUCUACUUUCAGCCACCAAGGUUUCCUUUAUUGUCGAAGGAGUUCUAUUCGUGUUGGUGCAACCAUCAAAAAGAGUUGCAAAUGGCAAAACACAUUGUAGACGACAAACCUCCAGAGCUGUUUCCUGAAUUGUAUCUAAAACCUCGCAGACUGGAUUACUACGCCCGUCAGCUGGAGGAAAACAUGAAUGUUAACAAAGAAUUGUUGAAAAGAAUCAAUCUCAUACAAAGAACUGGGGGUUACGUUGACUGUUGGAUGCGUCCAGAACCUAACAAUAAGUAUAAAAAGUUACUCUGUCAACAAAGACAACGGGAUCUGGAUGAAAUUCGAAAAAGUAAUCUCUAUUUCUACUCAAGACUUCUUAUCGCGAGAUCUGAACAGCUACUAACAAGGGAACUCGAAGAACUGUGGAAAGAUACAAAGCACAAACUAAUACUUGGCGCUACAGUUUCUAUGGAGAUUUGGGUGGUUGGCGGCUCUAAGAUCGGCAAAGUUGUCAUCGAACUAUUCAACGACUUGGUCCCCAAAACAUGUCAGCUGUUUCUGACUCUUGUUAGGGGUGACGCUUUUGGACACGCAUAUUUAGGAACGAGGUUUUUUAGAAUUGUACCAGAUCUGUACUGCCGUGGAGGGGAUGUGACCAAGGACAACGGGUUUGGAUGCUAUCUACCAGAAGGGGAAACUGAACCCAUGGGUGCAGAAUCCUUUCAUUUGAAACACACAGUUCCUGGUGUGCUGUCAAUGGUGGUUACUCCAGAUAAUGAAGUUUGUGGUCAAUUCAACAUCAUAUUCAAACCUUUGCCGCAGUUCGACGGGAAGCAUGUUGUUUUUGGAAGAAUGAUAUCAGGACCAGCGCAGACUCUAGAGCGCAUCAGUGCUCUGGGUCUUCCGCUAGGCACCGCCACCUCGGACUGCAUCAUCCGCUCGUGCGGUUGGUUUACUCGCUCCGGUCAAUACCGGGAAGGCAACCCAAAUACUAUUAAGUUUCCACCGCGGAGGAAACCAAAGCAAUGAUGAAGUUUUGAUACACAUAUUUAUCUUUACAAAAUUUUUUUUUAUUGUUUUUCUAUGUAAAGGUAAUUCAGCGUCUUAUUAGCUUCCUACUUGAAAUUAAUUAUUCAAAUUGUGCGUUUGUUAAGGGUAUUAAAAAUUGUCUCUGCGUAUAUA